AUGGGUUAUCUUGCUGUGGAUGUUUUUACAACCGGUAACAGGAAUGGCUUUCAUAGAAGUCUCAUCCUCCUGUUCAGCUGUAGCUUUUCUAGCCUCCUGCUCAGCUCCCUGCUCCUCCUAUACCUCCUCUUCACCCUGAACUAUGAGCUAGCAGUGGCUGGAGGGAUUGCUGGCUGCUUUGGGACACUACUGACAGUUGCCCUCUUCCUGUCAAAGAAAGUAAGGUGUUUGGGGACUCUAUUUGUGAUCUCUAUUUUCAUGAAGAAGAGUCGGAACCUGCUCCUGACCGCUGGGACCAGUUUAGUGGUUCUUAGAAACAUCCGCAACACCUUGGAGAACCUCACAGGACUGGUCAGGAGUAUGAUUUGCAACCUGAAGGCGAAAAAAGCAGCCAUCAUUGCUCCAUUCAGCAACUAUGUGAAGAUGUUGAAGUGGCUAGGGAACAUGCUCAAGGGGGUUACAGACUUAGGGGUUUUAAACCUUGACUCUCAACUCAAGGUUUCACACAGGCUGGAAUCUGAACAAUUCAGGGAGAGGCUCACUGAAGCAGAGCAAAAGCUGAAUGAAACUGUAAAGUAUGUACAGUCCAUUAUGAAUACAGUCUCCUCUGCGACCGACACGCUGUUUCCUGCCAUCAGCUUCCUUGUGCUCAUGAUGUUUAUAGCGCUGCACAUAAAAAGAUUCUGCAAUAACAUGAAAUACGAAAACCGGUUCAUCAGCAGCAAAUUUGUUCGUUUUGAUGAGAAGCAGAAGGCGGAAGGAAAGCCCCAUGUCCUCCCCCUCACACCAGAGGAAGAGAAGCUGUACACUACCGUCCCCUCCACCCGUCCCACCACCAGAGAAGGGAGAGCUAUGCUGAAAUUUGGCGUUCCAGUUGUCUCCCAUGUUGUAUCUUGGGUCCUAUUUAUAACUGUGGAUGCCUUAUUGUACUGUUUUGUUGACAUUGUAACAACAAAGUUAUCAGAGCUGGAACCAUUCCAUGUCCCACUGUUAAUGAGCAUCACAGGGAUUGCAACUUUAAUUGGUAUACCAUUUGGCGAGGAAAACCAUCAAAAAGACUUUUCCUACUCUGUGACCCUAUUUGAGAAGAAGUGUCUUCCUAAACCCAAGCUGCUGCUCUAUAACUCUGUAGUUCCUUUGGCUGCAAUCCUACUCACCCUGCUCAUUAUGGCUCUGAUAGCUGCCAAAGUGGCCCAGCUCAGGCUGAUGGUCUGUGAGCAAUUCUUCUCCAACACUGCAGAGGCCAGAGUGGAAUACCUGCACGCAAAAAUCCUAAGGAAGAGAUUAAAAAGGAGGAUUUGCCACCACCUCACAUCACUCUAUUAUAAGCCACACUUCUGGUGCCCUCUGCUCUUCAGGCCCAAAGAGAAUCCACAAAGUGUUGUCUGA